CGUGGUUAAAUCAUUAACGGCGUUACAUGAAAACAUUUAGGUUGGCAAUUGGGAUUUAGGGGUUAUAAGACUUCAAAAGGAAAAGUUGGGGUUUAUUUAUAAAUAGAGGGUUAAUUUGGAGGAUUUACUUAAAUAAAUAACUUUUACUUUUAGGGUUUAUAUUUAUAUGGCAAAGCCUUUGUCGAUUUUCCAUCGGAGUUUGUCGUCUAACAUAGAGCCGGAAGCGUCGGAGAUGGCGAUGAACACAGUGAUGUGUCUGUUAACAGACGCAGAAGGAACUCCACUAGGUUCUGCUAUGUAUAUCCCUCACAACGCAGGGCAUUUGCAGCUCAUCAACUUGGUCAAUACGUUUCUCAACAAUGAGGAGAAGUUAUCUUACAGCUUCUAUGUAUCAGAUGAAGAGCUUCUUGUCUCAGUGGGAACUUACAUGGAGAGAAAUAGCGUGUCCGUGGAGAAUGUUUUGAAGAUUGUUUAUCGACAACAAGCUGUUUUCAGGAUUCGCCCGGUUUACCGUUGCUCACAGACAAUAAGUGAUGUUCAUGAGGGUGAGAUUCUCUGUGUUUCGUUUAGCCCGGACGGUAAGCAACUAGCAAGUGGUUCAGGUGAUAAAACUGUAAGGCUUUGGGAUCUCAACACUGAAACUCCAAUGUUUACAUGCAAAGGGCACAAGGAACAUGUUCUCGCAGUUGCAUGGUCACCAGAUGCAAAGUGUCUUGUGAGCGGUGAUAGAGAUGGAAAAGUCUGUUGUUGGGAUCCAAGCAAAGGAGAAUUACUGGGCAAUGCACUUUCAGGUCACAAGAAGUGGAUUUGUGGUAUCGCGUGGGAACCAGCUCAUCUUAGUUAUCCAAGCAGGAGAUUUGUGACUUGUGGCAAAGAUGGGGAUGCAAGGAUCUGGGACUUUACACUGAAGAGAACUCUUAUUGUCCUCAGUGGACACACACGAGCUGUGACCUGUGUCAAAUGGGGUGGUGAUGGAACUAUAUACACAGGUUCCCAAGAUAGUACGAUAAGGAUGUGGGAGAUCACUCAGCAGGGUCAAGGAAUCCUCAAACAUAUAUUGAGGGACCAUGCCGGUUGGGUGAACUCCCUUUCAUUGAGUACAGAAUAUGUUCUUCGGACAGGAGCUUUUGACCACACAAGACAAGUAACAUGUUCAGAUGAAGAAAUGAAAAAGAUUGCGCUCGAAAGAUACAUCAAAGCAAAAGGGAAAGUAGAUUCUCCUGAAAGAUUAGUGUCUGGUUCUGAUGAUUUUACGAUAAUCCUUUGGGAACCAUCCGUUAGCUUACAACCUAAACAAAAAAUGGUUACUACAGCCAGGUUGACUGGUCAUCAACAGCUUGUAAACCAUGUGUAUUUCUCACCAAAUGGGCAAUGGAUUGCAAGUGCAUCGUUCGAUAAAUCUGUGAAGCUAUGGGAUGGUGUCACAGGAAAAUUUAUUACAGCAUUCCGAGGCCACGCUAACUGUGUCUAUCAGAUCAGUUGGUCACCUGAUAGUAGGAUGCUUUUGAGUUGCAGCAAAGAUUCAACUCUCAAGGUGUGGGAUAUUGGAACAAAAAAGCUAAAACAUGAUCUCCCUGGUCAUAAGGAUGAGGUAUCAAACUACUUCAAAGCUCAAGUUGUUGGUUUUGCUUUUUUAUUUACACUCUUUUCUCUCAUAUUUUUUUUUUUUUUGUGUUGGAAAGGUUUGGGCUGUGGAUUGGAGUCCAGAUGGUGAGAAAGUAGCUUCUGGUGGUCUUGAUAAAGAUCUUAAACUAUGGAAAGGUUAAAGGAAGAGUUCUUUAUUCUUCUAAGCAGAUAGUUUUUUUUUUUUUACAAAUAGUUUUUUUUUUUCAAAAACACAUGCACACAAUACAACAUCAUUAAUCUGGCAAACUGGGUAUUUUUACCCCACAAACACACACAAUGGUUGGAACAAGAGGGUAGUAGUAGCAAACCAAUCAUUGUUUCUUCAGUAGUUCUACUUGAAAUUGAAGCUAAACCAUGGUUUACUCACCAGUCUUGAAGAUGCGUAUAAAAAAAACAGACGAAGUAAACAAACUUUAAU